AGGUGAGUUCGAGUGGUGGGUGUCUGUUAGGUGUUAUUUGGUACUCUGUGUGUUUGGGACUUGGCCCCCUCCCCAUCUCUCUCUUCACUCUUGAAUUCCGCUCUCCACUCCUCAGCUCUUUCCACACUGUCUUGGGACGCUACACCAUGGAGCUAAAUCCUUUUCUCUUUUAGACAUUGUAAUUUUUUUCUGUUGCAUAAUGAACUUUGUUAGUGUCGUUCCUUGCCGUUCCCAUCGAUUCCAGAGGAUGGAUUUUAUCCUUACACCUUUACUAAUUAUACUAAUUAAAGGAAUUUGCGCAACAUCUCGCUAUGGAAGGGAUCUCAUGCCUUACAUGCCGAACGUGUGCACGGAGCGGGAGGUGAAGCUGGUGGCUCAAACGCAGCCCUGUGUCCAGGCCUUCACCCGUAUGGUCAAAGUUUGGAAGCAAGGAUGUCAGGGACAGACCUGGUGUAUGGGCUAUGAGAGGAGGACGGCUUACUAUACAGCCUACAGACAGGUGUAUCGGCAGGACUACCAGACUGUGCACAAGUGUUGCCCGGGAUGGUCACAGCUCAAUGGGGAAGCUGGGUGUCUGUAUCCGGUCUGCAGCUAUGGUGUCUGUUUCAAUGGAGGCCAAUGCAGAGAAGGAUCUUCACAGCUUUGUGACUGCCCUGCUGGCUUCAAUGGACCCAGCUGUCAGUAUGAUGUGAACGAAUGUGAGGAAACUAAUGGAGGAUGUGAGGCACUGUGCUGUAACACUAUUGGCAGCUACUAUUGCAAGUGUCCCUCAGGCCAGGAACUCAAGGAGGACGGCAAGACCUGCCAAGAUAUUGAUGAAUGUCAAGUCCAUAACGGAGGCUGUCAACAUAAGUGCGUGAACACUAGAGGCUCCUACCACUGCCAGUGUAACCCUGGCUUUCGCCUGCAUGUGGACGGACGCACCUGCAUUGCUGUCCACUCCUGCAGUAUUGGUAAUGGAGGAUGUGAGCACUAUUGCGUCCAGCAGACAGCAGCUCAUUUCCAGUGCCGCUGCCGACCCAACUACAUGCUUGCCGAGGACGGCAAGCACUGCACCUUGGCUGACCUGUGCGCAGUCCAGAAUGGAGGCUGUUCUCAGGUGUGUCGCAGUGAUGGAGGGAAGGCCCACUGUGACUGCGGUCCGGGCUACACAUUGGCUGAGGACGGCAAAACCUGUGAAGACAUUGAUGAGUGUCAGGUGGGUCAGACGGAGUGCGCCCAUGGCUGCCGUAACACCAGAGGCUCCUUUGUGUGUGUGUGUAAUGCUGCCUAUGAGUUGGGAGCAGAUGGCAAAAAGUGCUAUCGGAUUGAGAUGGAGAUUGUGAACAGCUGUGAGGUGAAUAACGGCGGCUGCUCACACCACUGUCAGCACUCCACCAAUGGGCCAGUGUGCAGCUGCAAUCAGGGCUACCAGCUCGAUGAUGACCUGAAGACUUGUAUUGAUGUAGAUGAGUGCAUGGAUGGAAGCUCUUGUUGUGAGCAGGACUGCACAAACUACCCAGGAGGCUAUGAGUGCUACUGUGCUGCUGGCUACAGGCUCAACUCUGAUGGAUGCAGCUGUGACGAUACAGACGAGUGCCUGGCUGAGAACGGGGGCUGUGAUCACAUAUGCCAGAACAGUGCUGGAUCCUUCCAGUGUUACUGCAGGCGGGGUCACCGCCUGGCCGAGGACCGCCGCUCCUGCAUCUUGCUAGAAGGAGCAGUUGAAGCCCUGAACAGUGGUCAAGUAGUGGAGAGACCCAGACCGCAGCUGGCCAUCCUACAGGAGUACGAGCCUCUGGAACGCUAUGAUGACUACGACGAGGACACUGGCGAGCUGCGAGCGGAGAGCACACUGGCUGAGAAAUUUGUGUGUCUGAAUGACUCCUUUGGCUUUGACUGCAGUUUGACUUGUGAAGACUGUGUAAAUGGAGGUGUGUGUAAUGCCCGAAGAAGUGGUUGUGACUGCCCAGACGGAUGGACAGGAAUCAUCUGCAACCAGACGUGUCCUGAGGGCUGGUUUGGACAGAACUGCUCGUUCAGCUGUAAAUGUAAGAAUGGAGGUGUUUGUGACCCUGUGACUGGGAGCUGUCGCUGUCCGCUAGGCGUCAGUGGAGACCUCUGCCAGGAUGGCUGUCCUAAGGGCCUGUAUGGAAAGCACUGCAAUAAGAAAUGUAACUGUGCCAACAACGGCCGCUGUCACCGCACAUAUGGAGCCUGUUUAUGUGACCCGGGACUCUACGGGCGAUUUUGCCACCUGCCAUGUCCUAAGUGGGUGUUCGGACCAGGCUGCUCUGAGGACUGCAAGUGUGUGCAGCAAAACACACUAGAAUGCCACCGUCGUCACGGCAAUUGCAUCUGCAGGCCUGGUUACCAGGGCGACAAAUGUGAAGAAGAAUGUCAUGCAGGCUUCUAUGGUCAAGGCUGUGAGAAGAAGUGUUCCUGCCCAUCUGGUUCGACAUGUGAUCCCGUGACUGGGGCAUGUCAGCGGCAGUGUCCAGCUGGCAGGAAAGGAGGAAACUGUGAUCAGAAUUGUUCAGUUGGGGAGUUUGGGAUUGGCUGCUCUCAGUCAUGUGACUGUUCAGGGGCCCCAUGUGACAAAGAGACCGGCAAAUGCAAAUGUCCUGCUGGAAUGAUGGGGAGCCGGUGUGAGAAAGAGUGUCCUGCAGGGCAUUGGGGAGUGAACUGUAAGGAAACAUGUCCAGCAUGUGAAAGUGGAGCAAUAUGUGAUAAACACAAUGGCACUUGCUUAUGUCCACCUGGGUAUAUGGGCAGACUCUGCCAAAGCUUAUGUCCCGCUGGACGUUUCGGCCAGGGCUGCCAGCUGAAGUGUGUGUGUGAGAACAGUGGGCGAUGUCACCCUAUAACUGGCUGCUGCACCUGCGCUGCAGGCUGGACUGGACACAACUGCAAGAAAGCAUGUGACGCAGGACACUGGGGACCUGAAUGUGUGAGAGUGUGUGACUGCAAGAACAGUGAUGGUAGCUGUGAUGCUGUGACAGGCCAGUGUAACUGUGAACCUGGCUUUACAGGAGUUCGCUGUGAGCAAAAAUGCCCUGCUGGCUUUUUUGGACCGGGCUGUCGGCAUCACUGCCAGUGUGACAACAAAGCAUUAUGUGACCACGUGAGUGGAGCCUGUACCUGUAAGGUGGGCUGGACUGGAACAUUCUGUGAAAAACCCUGUCCACAGGGUUUCUAUGGACUGGACUGUCAGCACAAGUGUGCAUGUCUGAAUGGGGGACGCUGUAAUCACCUCUCUGGGGAAUGCACUUGUCCAUCAGGCUGGCUGGGUCCAAACUGCAACCAGACCUGUCCUGUCGGUUUCUAUGGUGAUAAUUGUUCCCAGACCUGUGCUUGCCUGAACAGUGUGAGCUGCCAUGCAGCUACUGGUCAGUGUGUAUGUACAGUGGGGUGGACAGGACUAAAUUGCUCCCAAAAAUGCCCAGAGGGUUUAUUUGGAGUGGACUGCAGACAGCAGUGCCUGUGCCAAAACGGUGGGUCAUGCGACCACAUCAGUGGCCGCUGUUCAUGCCCCAGCGGAUGGUCAGGAGCAGCCUGUGAACUGGAGUGUGCUGCAGGAAAUUUUGGGACAGACUGCCAGCAUAAGUGUGAGUGCAAGAAUGGAGGCCAGUGUGACAGGCAGACUGGGCAGUGUGCUUGUGGGCCAGGCUGGACUGGAGAUCGCUGUGAAAAAGCGUGCAUGUCCGGGCGUUUCGGGCUGGGCUGUGAAGAGCGCUGUCGGUGUGAGCACGGUGCUCCCUGUCACCAUGUUACAGGAACCUGCUUGUGUCCUCCUGGUUGGAGAGGAGCUCACUGUGAUAAAGCCUGUCUACCUGGCACGUAUGGUAAGGACUGUGCUGAGCUGUGCAUCUGCCCACAGGGCAGUUCCUGCCAUCAUGUUACCGGAGAGUGUGGCUGUCCACCCGGGUACACUGGAAACGGCUGUGAACAGACCUGUCUGCCUGGCACCUACGGACUCGACUGCAAUCAGGUGUGCCAGUGCUCUGAGAGGAAUCAGUUGUGCCACCCGGUGUCCGGAGAGUGCUACUGCGCUCCAGGAUACAGAGGACCAAAGUGCAAUCUCGAGUGCGAGAGGGGACACUAUGGUUCAGACUGUGAGAGGCAGUGCCAGUGUCUGAAUGGUGGGGUAUGCCAAGCCACCACAGGCACCUGUGAAUGCCCUCCAGGGUUUAUAGGUGCCCAGUGCAACAUCACCUGCCCAGCCGGCCGCUACGGGCAGGACUGUGCCCGCGUGGCACUCUGUGGUGACGGGGCAAGGACUGACCCAGUGACGGGGAGAUGCGUGUGCAUCCCUGGGCGCAAAGGAGAAGACUGUGGACAAGGCUGUGCUCCAGGCUGGUUUGGUGCAGAUUGUUCUCAGCGCUGUAACUGCAGUAACAGGGGCCUGUGUGACUCCAUCUCUGGGAACUGCACAUGUGGACUGGGCUUCACUGGACUCAGCUGUGAGAAAGAGUGCCCUGAGGGACGCUACGGUCCGAACUGUGUGCUGGAAUGUGUGUGUCAGCACAACAGUGCUUGUGACAGAGUGACAGGAAGCUGCCAGUGUGGACCAGGCUACUAUGGACAUCGCUGUGAGCAUGUUUGUCCUGCAGGUCUGUACGGGUUUCAGUGUCAGCAGCACUGCGACUGUGUGAAUGGAGCUCCGUGCCACCCGAGCACUGGCCAGUGUAUCUGCCCUACAGGAUACAGGGGACUACGCUGCGAGAGAGAAUGUGAACAAGGCACUUUCGGUCAGAACUGUUCUCAGUCAUGUGACUGUGCGGAGAGCACGCCGUGUGAUCCAGUGAGUGGCAGGUGUCUGUGUUCUUCAGGAAAGACUGGGAUCAGGUGUGACAGCGACUGCAGUGUGAACCAUUUCGGGCCAGACUGCGCUCUGAGCUGCGAGUGUGACAACGGAGGGGACUGUGACAGCCGUAACGGACGCUGCACUUGUAUGAACGGCUGGAUUGGGCUGACGUGUACAGAAGGUGGACCUCCACAAUUCAGCAGCAGGAACAGAAGAAAGGACCAGUCACCUCACAACUCAUUAUAGCCCUCCCUCUCUGAACAGGUCCACAGACUGAAGCAGUAAGAGAACUAAAGGCACAGUUGCAGCUACUGGCUCGUCCUCUUGGGUGAAGGAUUCUGCUUCAGCUGUACAUGAACAGAACAGUGACUGAAUACACACGCAAAGUCUCUGAGGAGAGCAAAACCAUUGUUUGUGUACGGUGACGUCAAGAAGCAAUACUCUGGCUCACUGGCAAAGUCACUGGUUGGUUUUUUUUUGUUGACUUGUAAAGCAAACAAUUAAGCUCAACCCAUCAAGUAAAAUACCUUAAGAAGCUGUGCGAACUACAUGAGGACCAGACCUAAAGGCGGAUGUCAAAGGUGGCACCACAAUUGAACAGGUGCCAUCAGAAGACACACAGCACUUUAUCUAUGACCUGGACUGCUGUGCAUAAAAUGUUUGGUAAAACUAGGAUCAACAGUUCCUCAUCAGAGAAUUCAGUACAAGUUUAUAUGAAAGGCAAUAACUGAUAUGUUAGCACUCAUACUCUGAAAUUUGAUGCAGGGCAUUCCUUUUUAUAUGGUCACCUAAAAUGGAAAUGUUUCUUUAGUGAUGUGCUCGUAUUUGUAAUUCUACUUGGGCAUCUAUGGGUUGUCUUGUUGUUUCAGGGCAUUUACAUUUGUGUGUUUAUCUUAAGUCCAUAUCAUGAGGUAAUACUUAACUAUGUACACAUCUCAUUCAAGCAGCUAAUCUGGAGACUAGGAAAGGGAUACUGGAAUGGAUAUUCCUCUGGAAAAGUGAAGAGGCAACAUUUACAUUAACAAGCUUACAUAAUAUUACUUCAUCAGGUCUGGGAGAACUGACCGUUUGAAAAAUUCUGACAAGUCCCACCUCCAUUUGUCAAACUUUCAGCUCAUGCCACUCGGUAGUUACUGUCUGUAGUACUUGUGCUAAGAUAUAACAAAGUUCUGUAGCACAAAGACAAAAUUUGAAGGACGAUUCCAGAAACCAUGUUUACGUCAAUCACAUCAGGAAAGUGUCACUUCAGGCUAAAGAGGCAGAUUUUCAUGUCUAAUAAGGAAUGACUGAGGCAGCUCCUUCAGAUGAGCUAAUGCUAACGUUAAUGCUAACACUGAAGCUAAGAAAAUUUAAAGGCACAAUUUUAUGAUUUUAGUCCAGCACAGUUUAUCAGAUUCAACUAACAGCUGCUCACAGUCUACAUUCUGUGUCCGCUGGCAAAUAAUGCAGUGUUAGUACACAGUCCUGACGCUGUAAAUGGGAAACAAAGUGGCUCGGACCAAAUGACAAAAAACUAUUCCAGCUAGUUAGCAACAGAACGCACAGAAUGUAACUGUUGCACCAUUUAAGGUGGAACGGGAAACUUCAAACAGGAAGCUGGCAGAAGACUUCAUUGAGAGCUGAUAGGCAUGAAAAUGGAUGAGGAGGCUGCUCUGUUUGAACGUUUAACUUAUUCCUGCUGUUUCACAGAAUUAGUAGGUCUGCAUUGUUUUGUCUCAUUUGCUAAUGUUUGUGAUAGCAGCUGUUUAGCUUUGUAGUUGUAACUGUAGCGACAGUUUGCUAACCAACUAGUUAGCCUCGCUAAUGUUAGUAACACUACUCGCUGUGUCGUUGCUUGAAAGUUUGAUUUUGUUAUUUGUCUCUGCAACAUUUGCAAAGGAUUUUAUGCCAACAAGUCUAAGACACAAGUAUCUCAGCCCAGUCUGCUAAUGUUGUGUUGACAACACGCAUCCAUGAAUUCAGGGGGUGGAGCCUUUGAAGCAGCACUGAAAAAGAGGGGUGUAUUUUUUGUUGUUGUUGUUGUCGAGCUCAAAUAUCAUCAGUCAUUCUCCAGAAUCGUUUACUGUGCCUUUAACUUAAUUUUUCGUUAUACAUGAUACUUCAACAAAUGUUAGCAAAUACAGUAAGUUUAGUUUACCUUGGGUUUUUACACCGAGCUGUGAGUUUGGGCUUCCACACAGUUUAACUCACAUUUUUAUCAGCUACAGAAAUGAAACAAAAGCACAGGUGAGCCAGAUGGUCAGGACAGGUGUCUGAGAAUGUCUGAAUAAUUCUGACUAAUUUCCUGCCACCGUUGUUCUCACUGCAGGAUUGUUCUGAAAAGUAUUAUCAUUUCAUCACUUAAUGGAAGAGGAGGGGCUCAGAGACAGCUGUGAUUGGCCAAGAGGUGUGUGUCAUUAUUUUGCAAAAGGUCAGUUAAACUUUCAGAAAAAGAUGUACCAAAAUAGAGUUCAAGAGUGUGUCACAAAAUGAGUGAUACACAGUUGGUAGAUCUCAUUUAGUUUUGCUUUGACAUAAUUCAGAAUGCGGCAUUAUUUUCGGGGCUUUAUUUGAGCGCUGUGAAGUUGUCUAGUAUGUACAUGAAGUGCCUUCCUAAUGAACAUGGUGCUAUUUCGCCUUCCUCUCUAUAAUCCAUUCAGAGCAGGGCUUAUAGAAAAUAAUAUCAAGAUCAUUGCAGAAUAAUGCAGUGCCCUAAUUUGAGUUUCCAACAAUAGUCUUUUGUCCACUGCUGAACCGCCCAUACUUUGUUGGCAUUUUUACUUUUUUUUUUGGUAUGUAUAAAGUUUGACUUUUUAAAUCUGUAUUGAUGUGAAUAAAAGUCACAUUAGAUAAAAUGUUUGAUGAUACACAUUCCUACCUUCAGGUUCUGGAGUAGGGUAAGAACAACUUUCAACCAGAGAACUUUUUUUUUUUUUGUUAGACUUUGAAUUUGCCUUUAUGUCCAUCUCAUUUCACUUUAAUUGAAACAAACACAAAAAAGACAAUAUGCCUGAUUUUCAUUGCCAUCAUUUUUAUAAUCUCCAUUUCAUAGAUACUGAAGCUGUACAUGUCUAAAUUCAGAUUCAAGCACAAUGCAGUUAGCAAUGCCUGUCAAUGAAAAUAAAAAAGGAGAAAAAAAAGGCCAAAGUGAUCACAACCAUUUAUAUGUAUAUAUGUACAAAGGUCAAACUAUAUACAGAUAUCUGUCUCGACAUACAGAAUCUCUCCACACAGGGUGGAAAUGUAAGCUUGCCAUUGUAUACAUUUAUUCUUCAAAAUGCAUAUUCAGUGCAAAUAAUUGCUUGUCGUUGUCAUCACCACCGUCGUGUCAAUAUCAAAUCAGGGCAACGAAGAAUGGUAAAAAAAUAAAAUUAUUUUCUCGCCCUUAUCCUAAAAUACUGAACGUAAAAAAUAAUCUCUCGGGAAAUAAAGAAUGAUUAAUUAGAAAUAAGCACUCUUCCCGUAUCUACAGGUCUGAUUUGAUAUCUUCAGGGACUCUGCACUCUAUCCCAGCUUCUGUUACACUGUGGCAAUAAGUAAUACACAUUACCAUGAGAGGUGGCCCUGGAUGAAAAAAGCCAUGCUCUCAGAAAUACCACGACUGGUA